CGGGGCCGAGAACCGGAAGUGCGGGGCGGGCGCGGGGGCAGAGCGAAAGGCUUGAGGACCAGGUCGGGGCCGGGUUCCUGGUCGGGGAGCGGCUCCGGGCGGCAGCCAUGAGGCGGGACGUGCGCAUCCUGUUACUGGGCGAGGGUGGGGAAGACGUCGCUGAUCCUGUCCCUGGUGGGCGAGGAGUUCCCCGAGGAGGUCCCUCCCCGCGCGGAGGAGAUCACGAUCCCCGCGGACGUCACCCCGGAGAAGGUGCCCACCCACAUCGUGGACUACUCAGAAGCCGAGCAGACGGACGAGGAGCUGCGGGAGGAGAUCCACAAGCGCACCCCGCUGGGAGCCGGCACCGCUCAGGCCAGUGGUGCUCCAAGGAUAACAGGACCCUUCCCCGCGGGCUCUCCCUCCCUCCUGCCGGGGUGGCAGCAGCGUUUACUCUUCCUGUGGGCUCUGUGUGCGCCACGUCCCCGUGCUGUGUGCUCCAGCCCACCGUCCCGGCCUCCGGGCACCCGGAGCUCCCAGUACCAGAGCACGUGUGCCGGCGACAUCUCCAGGCAAACGUGGUGUGUGUGGUGUAUGACGUCUCUGAGGAGGCCACCAUUGAGAAGAUUCGAACUAAGUGGAUCCCACUGGUGAAUGGGGGGACCACGCGGGGGCCCAGGGUGCCCAUCAUCCUAGUGGGCAACAAGUCAGACCUGCGGUCGGGGAGCUCCAUGGAGGCCGUGCUCCCCAUCAUGAGCCAGUUUCCCGAGAUCGAGACCUGCGUGGAGUGUUCGGCCAAGAACCUGAGGAACAUCUCAGAGCUGUUCUACUAUGCCCAGAAGGCCGUCCUGCACCCCACAGCCCCCCUCUAUGACCCUGAGGCCAAGCAGUUGAGGCCCGCGUGUGCCCAGGCGCUGACGCGCAUCUUCAGGCUCUCAGAUCAGGACCUGGACCAGGCGCUCAGUGACGAAGAGCUCAACGCUUUCCAGCAGAAAUCCUGCUUUGGGCACCCCCUGGCCCCGCAGGCCCUAGAGGACGUGAAGACCGUGGUGUGCAGGAACGUGGCGGGCGGCGUGUGGGAGGACCGGCUGACCCUGGAUGGUUUCCUCUUCCUGAACACGCUCUUCAUCCAGCGCGGCCGGCACGAGACCACGUGGACCAUCCUGCGGCGCUUCGGCUAUAGCGACGCCCUGGAGCUGACUGCCGACUAUCUCUCCCCUCCGAUCCACGUGCCCCCCGGCUGCAGCACUGAGCUCAACCACCUUGGCUACCAGUUUGUGCAGAGAGUGUUUGAGAAGCACGACCAGGACCGUGACGGCGCCCUCUCGCCCGUGGAGCUGCAAAGCCUUUUCAGCGUGUUCCCAGCAGCCCCCUGGGGCCCUGAGCUCCCACGCACAGUCCGCACAGAGGCCGGCCGGUUGCCCCUGCACGGAUACCUCUGCCAGUGGACCCUGGUGACCUACCUGGACGUCCGGAGCUGCCUUGGGCACCUAGGCUACCUGGGCUACCCCACCCUCUGUGAGCAGGACUCCCAGGCCCAUGCCAUCACAGUCACCCGUGAGAAGAGGCUGGACCAGGAGAAGGGACAGACGCAGCGGAGCGUCCUCCUGUGCAAGGUGGUGGGGGCCCGUGGAGUGGGCAAGUCUGCCUUCCUGCAGGCCUUCCUCGGCCGCGGCCUGGGGCACCAGGACACGAGGGAGCAGCCUCCCGGCUACGCCAUCGACACAGUGCAGGUCAACGGGCAGGAGAAGUACUUGAUCCUCUGUGAGGUUGGCACAGAUGGUCUGCUGGCCACAUCGCUGGACGCCGCCUGUGACGUUGCUUGCUUGAUGUUUGAUGGCAGUGACCCAAAGUCCUUUGCACAUUGUGCCAGCGUCUACAAGUGCCAUUACAUGGACGGGCAGACCCCCUGCCUCUUUGUCUCCUCCAAGGCCGACCUGCCCCAAGGUGUCGCGGUGUCUGGCCCAUCGCCGGCCGAGUUUUGCCACAAGCACCGGCUACCUGCUCCCGUGCCGUUCUCCUGUGCUGGCCCAGCCGAGCCCAGCACCACCAUCUUCACCCAGCUCGCCACCAUGGCCGCCUUCCCACAUUUGGUCCACGCAGAGCUGCAUCCCUCUUCCUUCUGGCUCCGGGGGCUGCUGGGGGUUGUCGGGGCCGCCGUGGCCGCAGUCCUCAGCUUCUCACUCUACAGGGUCCUGGUGAAGAGCCAGUGAGGCCCCUGGUACCCAAGCCCCCUCCCCUGACCUGGGUGUGGCUCGCUGCUGGGGCUCUGCAGGGGCAGCACAGCUGGGGUGCAGGCCAGGCUGCCACUCCGGGAACGCCUCUGCGCCGGGACUUUUUGUUUCUGAAGGCAGUCGAUCUGCAGCGGGGCCUCAUGCUGCCAUGCACUGCCCUGGCUCCUGCCGGACCCCCAGGGUGGGCCGUGGCAGGUGGCUGAGCAGGAGCUCCCAAGUGCCGGCCACCGCUGUCAGGGAUUGCCCACCUCUGGGCAUCGUGUGUGGGGCCGGGGAGCACAGGUGUGGGAGCUGGUGACCCCAGACCCAGAAUUCUCAGGGCUCUACCCCCCUUUCCUGGUCCUGGGUGGCCAGUGGGUAUGAGGAGGGCUGGAAGGCAGAGCUUUGGGCCAAAAGCAGGCAUUGGGGGGUCCCCCCUCAAGUUUGGAGCCAUUUCCGUGGUUGUAGCAGAGGACCGGAGAUUGGGUUCCUGAUUAAACUUCACUGUGUCUUUUCUA